AUGGGCCUCAGGUUCGCUUCUGCCAUAUGCGUCGCUGCCGCCUCAACUAAAAGGCCUCUCUAUCAUGCACUCUUCAACAUGCGACUCAGUGAUCAAACCCAAACCCUAAUGAAAAUGAACCUGCGAUGGAGGAAGAGAUCUCUGCUGCUCUUGGACAAACUUCUUCUCCGCGUACUCGCCACUGUCACUGAAACCCUUCGCCUCCCCGCCUCCCUCAUUUUCAAAUCAUUUGAGGGGUUUUCAUCAUUCUAUCAGAAGACUGAAGCAAGGCAAUCUCGCUCUCCUUCUGCCAUUGUCAUUGGUGGUGGAUUUGCAGGGAUUGCAGCUGCUCAUGCACUGAAAAAUACAGCUUUUCAGGUUGUGCUUUUAGAAUCUCGGGAUAGAAUUGGUGGUCGAGUUCACACUGACUACUCAUUUGGUUUUCCUGUUGACAUGGGAGCAGCCUGGUUGCAUGGUGUCUGCAACGAGAAUCCAUUGGCAUCUUGGAUUGGAAGACUUGGUCUACCAAUUUAUCGAACUUCUGGUGAUAAUUCUAUCUUGUAUGAUCAUGACUUGGAGAGCUACGCACUCUUUGAUGGUGAUGGACAUCAAGUGCCUCAAGAUCUAGUGGAAAAAGUUGGUAAGGUGUUUGAAACCAUUCUGGAAGAGGCAAGUUCUUUAUUAACCUUAUAUCUGCAGUGCUGA